UGUAUGGGUGAUUGCACAUAUAUGCAGGCACCAAAGAUAAGUUUCAAGAAACCAAUCGGAAGUGUGUGUGUUUCUGGACAUAAAUUCUUAGGAUGCCCAAUUCCAUGUGGAGUUGUAAUAACUCGUAAAGAAUACAUGAAUACAUUAUGUAGAGACAUAGAAUACAUUGGUUCAAGGGAUGCAACAAUCACAGGUAGCCGAUCUGGACAUGCUCCAAUCUUCCUUUGGUAUGCUAUCACUAAAAGAGGUUCAUUGGGGCUUCAAAAAGAAGCUCAAAGUUGCAUAAGGAAUGCACGUUACUUACAUAAUCGAUUGCGUGAGGCAAGAAUUGGUGCAAUGUUAAAUGAGUAUAGCAACAUUGUUGUGUUUGAGAAGCCUCUUGAUGAUGAAUUUAGCCGUAGGUGGAGUUUGGCAUGCAAAGGGAACAUUGCACACGUCGUGGUCAUGCAGCACGUUACCAUUGAAAUGUUGGAUUUGUUUGUUGCUGAGUUUCUUCAAAAACGAUCCUUUUGGUGGUUCAAGGAUUAUGGAUCUUCUUUUCAGCCUCGCUGCAUUGCAGAUGAAAUUGGUGCUGCAAAUUGUUCUUGCUCAAUGCACAGUUUGUUAUCGUGAUUGAGAUUGUAUCAACUAUACAAUAUGUAUGUGACUUGCUAGCAAAUUA